ACUCUACUCCAGAAGUAUGCAUAAUAUGCCCCCGCACGGACAAGUUUUUACAGGUUGGAGACUGGAGUAGACUGGAGGUUCAGUAAGAAGCAGAUACUUCUGAUAUUAGGUCUCGACAUCGUGACAUUAUGGGUAAACCAAAAAAUUGUUGCCAGUGUGUCAUCAAAUAUACUUUGUUCAUCUUCUGCUACUUAUUCUGGGUAACCAGUGCUGUUUUCAUUGCAGUGGGUGUGUAUGCCAAAAUUGCGAAGGAGGGAGGUGUAGUGGACUCUCUGACAGCUGACCCUGCCCUUUUGCUCAUAAGCAUUGGCUCCUUAAUGUUCAUCAUCACCUUCUUUGGGUGUUUCGGUGCACUGCGCAAUGCAGUCUUGCUGUUAAAACUGUUUUUAGGAAUUCUGGUGGCAAUCCUUCUCCUGCAGGUUGCAGCUGCUGUGCUUGGGUUCCUUUUCUCAGACUUGGUUUUGCACAGGACAGAGCAGCUGAUGAGGAAAGGGAUUGUUCGCUACCGUGAGGACAUGGACCUUGAAAACCUGAUAGACUUUGUACAGAAGAAGUUUCAGUGUUGUGGCGUGGACUCACACAAAGACUGGUCUGGCAAUGUGUAUUUCCAGUGCCCUGCGAGAAAUCACAGUUUGGAGGGUUGUGGGGUGCCCUUCUCUUGCUGUGUACGGCACAAAAAUGAGGUCAGGCCACAACAAGGUUACAUUUACAAAGAAACCAGAUCUAAUUAUUCACUUCCCUCAUGUUCAAGUUCUCACCAAGUGGAAAAAUGUACAAACGCUGUCGUCCUGGUCAGUAGAGUUCAUGCAGGCUGGUAUGCUGUGUGUUCCCAGACAAUCUUCAACACCAUGUGUGGAUAUGAAAUGCAAACCUUGGAUGAAGCCUCUGCAGCAAAAAUCAUAUACACUACGGGCUGUCUAGAAAAGAUUGUGUUGUGGGGGAAACAGAACCUUUACUUCAUAGGAGGAAUGGCAGUUGGACUUCUCGGCCUAGAGAUAUCAAUGAGUUGUCUAGCUGCUUCCCAGAUGUCUCACAUCCAGAGGAGAACGGAGAACGGCAGGAAUGUUUACUGACGCAAUGGAGGAUGUGCUGGCUAGCGAUUCCCUAGAGUGUAGGACGUCAACGAAAAUCUCUGGGGCUUGAAAAUAAUUGUUUUCAUCAGGUUCAAUGGGGCAUAAAUGAUUCACUUUAUGCUCUGUAAUGAUGUGCUGCUGUUGAAGCAUCGCCAACUUGAAGAUAAGACAUUGGUAUGCCUCUAUCUGUGCACAUGUGCCAGGAGCUCUGUGACUGAUCCCAGCUUUAAUAUUUGCCAUUGUUUCUCCAGUACCUCGUACAAAUAAUGUUAUCCUGUACAAGAGGACAGAAAUUAGGUUUAGGGAGACUGGGACUGGAUACAUCAGCUUGAUAAAAAAUGUUUAUUUUAUGUGUAAUUCAUUUAUUGUUGUUAGAAAUGUAUUUAUCAAAGCUGUGACAUUGUAUUUUUAUAUAUUUUUAACUGUUACAUCAAAUGAAAGUGUUCAAACUGUUUACAAAUAGAUAUGUAUUCUAUGUAAAGUUCAAUAUUUUACCUGCUAUUAAUGGGCCAUUUUAUGUUAAGCCAUUUCAUACUGUCUUGCUACUCUGUGAAACAACAUUUUUUUGCAAGUGGAUAUGGAUACAAGCAUUUUAACAACAUGUAUUGUCUAAUUUGUAAGCCAUAUAUGUAAAAUGUGAUUUUACACAUUGAUAUCAAUUAACAGUGAAAAAUAAUAUAGAAAAAAAAUGAAAUGCAUAGUCACAUCAACCAUAUCCUCAUUAUUCCCCUUAAUCAAACUUGAUUAUCCUCAAACUUUGUGGAGCUUUGUGAUGAAGGCUUCCUCAGGUACACUCCACAGCCGAGACUGUUCUUAACUGACUGCAAAGUCAAUUUGCUGUCAUAGCAGGAGGCAAGUGUGUGAAGACUUGGUCUUCUGGACACGAAGAUGGAUGGGCCUGCUCUCCUCUUUCUCCUUGGUCAGCGCAGGGCUUUCGGGCGAACUUGACCUGGAAAUGACUCUGUACUGGCCCCGAAUGUUCUGCAGUGGGUUGUACUCCGCACUGAUGUGACUUGGACAGCGGAACCGCUCCUUGAUGACAUGACCCAGCUGAGAGACUGCAACAAACCCGUCCUUGAAGGGUAAAAUCUUUGUGACUGAGGCGUAGACAUACUGGACGACAAGUAAACGCCCUACAAAUGACAGCAAUAAAGAAAGGGUUAAUCUCUGUUCAUUCUUAUGCUGGAAAUAAAACUAAGCAAAAAUGAAAGAUGAAA